UUUGGAAAGUGAAAAUCAAAUCCUUUCUUAUUAGCCAAAAUGAAUCCCGUAAGAUCCGGAUUUGAUUUCAAUCCAAUCCAAUCAAAGCCUCUUUUACAAACAAACCAACUUCAUUUUUAAACCCUCAAUCCUCCUGCCCGGUUUCAUUCCGUUCCGCACACGAGUUCAAGCUGCAUUUACUCGCAUACCAGGGACUAUCCGAGUAACCUUCAUCUGCUUUAGGGACUAUUCGAGUAACCUUCAUCUGCUUUAGGGACUAUUCGAGUAACAACUUGUCAAACCACAGGGACGAAGAGUGUAAUUCUGAAAAGUUAGGGACUAAAGUUAUGAAGACAUUCAUGGGAUCCAAAUCCAAAUCCAAGUCCAAAAAGAUUGAAUACCCUGCAUUCACGAAUUUUACAAUCAAGGUGAAUGUUAAAAAAUCAUGGCAGGAUACAGUGAAAAGUGUGUUGAAAAGUGUUCAAGGAGUAACUACCUUCAGAAUGGGGGACGACGGAUCGGUUAAUAUUUCGGGUUACAUUGAUCCGACCCAACUAUUGAAAUGUCUAAAGAAAGCUGGAAAAGACGUAGAGAUGGUGCACUGGCAAUAUGGAGAAUGUUCAAACAACUUGUUUGAAAACACGGAACCACCUACGAUUGACAAUGGGAACGGUCCAAACGGAGUGGGGGACUAUUACUUACAUCCAAGUUAUGAUGUGUAUGGAAACGGGUAUGGGUAUGGGUUUGGCUAUGGCUAUGGUUAUCCAAGCUUUGCAAGGAACUAUGGCUACAAGCAUCUAGAAUGUUCGGGGAAUGCCGAAGAUUGUAGUGGACAUCACGCAGAACAACCAACGAAUUCGGAGAAAGCGUCUACGGAACAGCCAAAGAAUUCGGAUAAAUCCUCUUUCAGUAUUCCGAAAAGGAUUAGUGGUCAUGGGGAAGACCUAAUCCUAGGUGAAAAUGCUCCAAAAUAUUGCAGGAUAAUGUAAUUAAAUUUGUAGGACAUAAUGUCCUCGAUAUAAAGUUUUGUAGGAUUUACAACUAAUGGACUGGUGUAUCCUGUAUUUUCACUUUUAAAUAAAAUAUAAGG